UGAUUGACGCGCGAAGUAGCAGGUGGCGACACCUUUGAGCCACAAUAAGGCUAUAUAAGGGUGAACGCGUAGAAAAGGGCAAUCAUGAAUUAAAGGUUGUUCGACGAGUAGGUCGGUUCAUGUCUUAUGAUAAACAAGUGUAGAAAGUGUCGUGUUAACUAUAAUUUUCGUUAGUUCAAAUCAGCUGGUAGCGAGAAAAGUGUGAAUAUUCGUGACGAAGUGUUUUGCUUGUUGCACAGUUGCCAAGGCGACUACGGUACGUGCGUGUGCGUGUCCAAAAGUGUGCUAUGAAAAGAGAAUGAUCAUUGGGGCAACGAUUUUACGACUAUCUUCGUACUAACAGUAAUUUGAUGUUUCAAAAUCGAACGGCCUGAAGACGGGAAUAUUAUGGAAUACUCAGUUUUGGGCCACUACAACCCGUCCAUACAGGCCACGGCCGAUAGUGGUGUUAACGAACAACAACUCCUUUGGGAAGAACCAAAUUAUGUUUUAACUGGUGAUGAGUAUGUACCUGCAACGGAACAAUUUGGAGAGGAAUUUGCCGGGGCUGAAUUUCAUGAAACUCGUAAUGUACUUGCUGAUGGGGGGGAUAGAUUUGGAGUUUCCACUGUCACCUUUGACAAUGUCGAAGAGCUCAUGUGGAUGGGAAAUCAAGGGGGUCAUGUGACGUCUUAUUAUGGGCCUGGUUUACAAAAGUACACCUCGUUUCAAGUUCAUGCCACUCAAGAAAUUCGGCAUAUUCAUCCAGUAGAUGAAGGAAUUUUAAUCUUGACACAGAGUUUAUUACGAUAUCAAUUGAGACGUGGUAUACCAAUAUUUUCACAUAUGUCACCAAAUAUGAUAGACAUGCAGUGCAUGCUUCAAAUUUCACCAACAGGGUUGCUUAUGGGAGGUCAUCAGGAAAAAAUAAUCAAUUUUGAUCUAACAAGAGGGAAAGAGACUGGAUUAGUACAUGUAGGGGAAAAUGGUUGUGCAAUUUUAAGGCAGCAUAGCAGACUUAUAUGCUGUGGCAAUCCUGCUGGAAGAAUUGAUCUCAGGGAUCCAAAUACAUUAUCAAUAGAACAUACUUUUGAUACCCACAGUGGUUCUCUCAGUGACUUUGAUGUUCAAGGAAAUUACCUUGUUACUUGUGGUUUCAGUAACUGUCGUCAGGGUUUGACAGUAGAUCGAUUCUUAAUGGCAUAUGACUUGAGACAAAUGAGAGCAUUAAGCCCAGUUGCAACUUUGGUGUGCCCUCUUCUAUUGAAGUUCCUACCCAGCUAUUCCAGUCGUUUAGCUGUUGUAGCACCAUCGGGACAAAUGCAACUUCUUGAUACUAUCUAUGCUAAUGUACAGCCAUCUGUGACAUGCUUGUAUCAGGUUGCAAAUAGUGGAGCAAUAUUAUCGUUUGAUGUGUCUUCUACAUCUCAGUGUCUGUGCUUUGGAGAUUCGGCAGGUUCUAUACAUCUUAUGUCUACAAAUACACCUGAACCCCAGUUUAAUACAUUUUCUCGACCAACUGAAUUUGCUGAUCCAGUUGAGCCACUUCCACAUAUAUCAUUCGAUGAUGAUACUACACCACUAAGUACAAUACCAAUGUAUUAUACUGGGCAGCCAUUGCUAAGCGAUUGGCCAGAGGAAUUUUUGAGAAAUGUUUAUAGAAGAACACCACCGAUUGAUCCUGAAAUAUUGCGUACAAUGAAGAUGCAAGGAACUAUAGGUUAUGCCCCAAAUCCACAGGCAUUUCGCAGAAAUCAAAUACCUUACAAUUUGGAAAAACGUCGGGGAGUAGUCGCAAAGCUUUUCGCUGGCGAUUCACGGUCAAAAACAGAUGACGGCACCUUUGUGGCCAUACCUAAACGUUAUCGCAAAAUCGAGUUGAAAUAUUCACGUCUCGGUUACGAUGAAUUCGAUUUUGAUCAAUAUAAUCACACCAACUUCUGCGGUCUCGAGGCAACUCUUCCUAACAGUUAUUGUAACGCUAUGUUACAGUUACUUUAUUAUUGCGAACCUGUAAGAAUAGCGCUGCUCUCUCACUCAUGCCAAAGAGAAUUCUGCCUAUCCUGCGAACUAGGAUUCUUGUUUCACAUGCUAGACACGUCCCGAGGACUGCCUUGUCAGGCAGCCAAUUUCCUACGAGCUUUUAGAACGGUUCCCGAAGCAGCAGCUUUGGGACUUAUACUCAGCGAUCUCCACCCGGAAGCCAAAAGGAAAACGAAUUUGAUGCGAUUGAUACAGAGUUGGAACAGAUUUAUAUUACAUCAGAUCCAUUACGAAGUUCUGGAAACAAAGAAACGGCAACUGGAGGAAGAGGAAGCUGCUCGGCUUAAAUCAGGACCAAAGUGUCCUCCGUUUGUUUAUAACGAACAGGAUUUUCCUAGCAUUUUGCAGGACAUUGGCUCCCGAUAUAGAAGCCAUGCAGAAGAAAGGAAGAAAAGAAAAAAACAGGAGGAGGAUGGUAAAUAUAUGUGGAUCACAUCGAAAGACAAAAACAGCAAAAAAUCUAUCGAGGAGAACGAAGUACGAGAUGAAGAGACAGAGAUUAGUCGUCUGUUUGGAUCUGAACAAAUGCAUAUACACCGCUGUCUCAAAUGUGGCCAAGAAGCUACGAAACAUUCCAUCAUGUUGCUAUGCAACUUAGUUUAUCCGGAAUUAACGCAUCCUUCCGAAGAAGUUCCAUUUACUAGUGUUCUUACCCGUAGUUUAAGGCCCGAGAAAAUUACACCUGCAUGGUGUGACAAUUGUCAGAAGUUUACACCCACACUCCAGUCUCGACAACUGACUAAACUACCUCAGAUAUUAGCUCUGAAUUGCGGUUUAGAUACACAGCAGGAUAAAGCAUUCUGGCAAGCGCAAAUGGAUAUAGUCGUUCAAAAAGUAUUAAAUGGCAAAGAAAGUAGUCCAUCUUCGAGUCCUGUCCCCAUUACUGCGAAACCAUGUCGAUAUGGCAACAAUUGUACCCGUAUUGGCUGUAGGUUCAGACACAUUGGUAGAGAUCCAGAAAAUAUACAAACGCCACCAGUUACUCCACCCAUAACAACUUCGACACCGCAAUCGGUCACAACACCGCCUAGUCACUUAUACUAUUCUCAUUCGUGGAUUCCACACGAUAUAGAGAUCUCCUUGGAUAGCAAUUGUGAAUUAUUCGUAGAAAAGAUCAGCACUCCAAAGAGCGACUCUAACGAAAGUAGUAAAACGGUCAAUGAGGUCAUAGUAGAAAAUGGUCAAGGGGAUAAUAAGAUACAAGAAUCUGAGAUCUCCGGAGAAGAAGAGAAAGUGGUUAAAAAUCAUGUUAACACAGUACGAAAUGACGAUGUGGAGAAAGGAAACGAAACUGAUGAAAAUUUGGAUAAGAUAAGCAAAAUUCGGUAUAGUCUUAGUGCUGUGGUUUGCUACAUCGAUGAUAAGAGUAACGAAGAUAAGAGGAAUAUCGUUGCGCUAUUGCGAGUCGGACCAAAUUAUCAUGAACGAUCGGCUGGUAGUGCGGUGUCGCAGUGGUACAUUUUUAACGAUUUUUGUAUAUCCGCAGUGACACCGCAAGAAGCGGUAUGGUUCAAUCUUGAUUGGAAGGUUCCGUGUGUUCUUCAUUAUACUGCUGUACCUGCACCUGAACCAGCACCAUUUGUUAGUCCGCUUACCUAUGAUGUAUUUGGUGAAGAUAAAUGUAUCGCUCGCAGUGGAGGAACAAGGGGUAUCACGUUUACCCCAUUGACAUCCGACGAAAUGCCUAAAACAGGUGAACUAGUUGGAAUUGACGCUGAAUUUGUAACGUUGAAUCAGGAAGAAUCUGAACUUCGUAGUGAUGGAAAAAUGUCCACUAUAAAACCAAGUCACAUGUCUGUUGCACGUAUAACUUGUAUACGUGGCCAAGGUCCUCUGGAAGGAACUCCCUUUAUAGACGAUUACAUAAGCACUCAAGAACAGGUAGUAGAUUACCUGACAAAAUUCAGUGGGAUUCAACCAGGUGAUUUGGAUGCAAACUUUAGUAGCAAGCACUUAACAACUCUAAAAUCAACGUACCAAAAACUACGAUUUCUCGUUGAUAACGGGAUCAUGUUCGUUGGUCAUGGCCUGAAGAAUGAUUUUAGAGUGAUAAAUUUAGUUGUUCCACCGGAGCAGGUCGUAGACACAGUAUUGCUGUUUCAUUUACCUCGUCAUCGUAUGGUAUCGUUGCGUUUUCUUACGUGGCACUUUUUGGGUAAGAAGAUUCAGUCGGAAACACACGACUCUACCGAAGAUGCCAGGGCUGCUCUCGAGUUGUAUCGUAAAUACAAGGAGUUGGAGAAUUCUGGAAAACUGGCGGACUCGUUAAAGGAGCUUUACAAUGUUGGCAACCAACUACAAUGGAAAGUUCCGGAUAGCUGAUACGAGGAUGACCCUCAGGAAGAAGUGUAUGAUUUAGUUACAUGCAAAGACAAUGAAGUUUAGACGACAAUUUUUAAGUAUAGUCAUAAACAAAUCGAGGAUUGAAUUUUUAAGUAUAGUCAUAAACAAAUCGACGAUUGAAUUUUGAAACAUUGUUUUUUUUUUUUUUUAUUUCGGUCCAUGCGUUUAUUCUGUUCGAAAACAAAUCCAAUUAUUCGUACAUAGAAACUAGGGAAAUUCUAAGAUUAUGUCUUGAUGAUGUCGCGGGUGUUAAUGAUUACGGGUACAAUUACAUUGUUAAUCGUAUUUAGUAUUUUCUUAUCUCACGACAUCGGUUCGUAUAAACAUAACUCAAUUAUUGACCGUGAAUUGUAAAUCUUUUAGUUAGCCUCCGCCUGUAAAUUAUCAAGCAAGACGUUAGAGAAAACAAAAUUUCGCGUUGAUUGUAAUUUUUCGGCAAGGAUCGAAACGAAAUAUCUGGUACACAUUUGGUGACCAUCGUAUAUACAUAAUGUACAUACAUAUUGUUCGAUAGCACAUUAGUUUUUGAAGAGGAGUAUCGACCUCACACUGCCGAAGAUGUGAAUAUAUUUAUUUUGUUUUCUCGAUGUAUCUUAAAUGGAAGAUAACAUAUACACUUAAACCAUUCUGUUUGGUAAAUUGUUUUCUCUUCAACGACACACUACUUUGAUCACUGAAUUUGAGAAAUUUAAAAAAUCUAUCAAAGUUCGAAAAUUAUUUCGAUCUACCGAUAUUGAAGUUUCGAAGACUGAACGUUUAAACGAGAUAAGUUAAAUUGUUAUACAAAAAUAUUUUACCAAAUUAUCAACAAAUUUUGAUAAAAAUAAUGAAGAAAUAGAACGUAUGCAUACGUUAUACGUCGUUGAAGGGCUAACAGUACGUGUAUAUAACGAAAGAUUAAUAUUUUUAGCAAUAAUUCUAGAGGUGGAUGAGUAUGUCUGUACGAAACGUUUCAUGAUUUCCUUUUUUUAUAUGUAUGUUUUUUAAAAUAUUGACUUUUGUACCGUUUUUCCCAACGACAACUCAUUAGAGAAGGCAGAAACCGGGAGAAAAAAUAUGGAGACGCUUUUUUACAAGAUUUACUUCGUCCCGGUAGUAGAUUUCAUUUUGUCUCACGAAUAUACGCAGACCAUUUUUGCUCGAUCGAAAAAAAAAAAACAAAAAUCAAUCAUUGAAAGAACCAGAAAUUUUUCUAAAGACUUUUUCUACUUCGAGGUUCUUAAAACGCAAGAAGUAAAAUAUUAAAUGAAAUACGGUAAUAUAUUUUACAAAAUGAUUGUACUCAUAAGAUUAUUUUUGUAUAAAUUUUAUCAAAGACAAUGAAAAGUCAAAAUGAGAGAAAGAGUGUGUGUGUAUGUGCGAGAGAGUGAGAGAGUAGAAACAUUGUCAAAAUCUAUCAAAUAAAUCAAGAUUAUCGAAAGAUAUAUUUUUUUAUAUCUGGAACAAUUUUCUUAUCAUUUAUGCGCGACGUAACUUUACAAAUUAACGCAGGUCUAACGAAAAACGAUCCAUACAACUAUCGUAGAAACAACAGUGAGAGUAUGAUAUUCAUGCUAAUCAUGCAUUUGUUUUAUGUCUACUGCUGUUACGUCAUUGUGAUUUUUCUAAUAAAUGAUAUAUGAAAAAUUAA